AUGUCUAUUAAGUUGGUCAUUGGAGGGUCUAUGGUGAACGUUAUUAGUGCUUACACCCCGCAAGUAGGUUUGGGCGAGGAGGAGAAGAAGGAUUUUUGGGAGGUUUUAGAUGAGGUAGUGAGUAGCAUCCCGAGCACUGAGAGGCUUGUCGUGGAAGGAGAUUUCAAUGGGCAUAUUGCGUCUCUGUUGAGAGGUUAUGAUGUUGUGCUUGUCGGUUUCAGUUUUGGGGAGCGGAAUGAAGGAGGAGCUUCUCAUUUGAAUUUUUCUAGGGCUUUUGGGUUAUGGAUAGCGAAUUCGUGCUUUAUGAAGAAGGAGGAUCACCUUAUCACAUUUCGUAGUUCAAUGGCCAAGACUCAGAUAGACUUUUUGCUCUUUAGGAAGGGUGAUAAAACGCUAUGUAAAAAUUGUAAAGUAAUACCUAGCGAAAAUCUUUUGACUCAGCACAGGUUGUUGGUGAUAGACUUGAUUAUCAAUAAGGGAAAAAAGAAGAGGAGUGUGGAGGAUCGACCCAGGUUUAAGUGGGGUAGCUUGACUUUGGCUAGCUCUUUGAAACUGGGAGAGAAGUUGAAGAGUAAGGGGGGCUUGGAAGAGUAA